CUGCAUUAGUUUAUCUAGCAUAUAGAGUACGGAAAGCCGCAUUUCUUUUAACAACUAACGCUGGUCAAACAUUUCCCAUUUCCGCUGGGGAACGUCAAUGCAGGCUUUUGUUGCGACCGGCGUUGUUUAGUGCUGCACCAUUUGGGGAUGGGAAGGUGUUUGCAGGGUGCUUCCGGUUCCUUGGCAGGUCACAUUAUAAGACAUAUAGGAUGGCGCUGCUCAGGGCAAUGAACAGCCUGGGAAGUAGGCAUGUAACCUCGGAUGUGCGAAGCUUUUGGGGAGCUUUGGCAGUACUGCGGCAAGGAAAUCACACAUUGCAACAAGUUCACGAAGAUAUGCCCCAGCAGAUGGAAAAUCCUUAUAAAGAUCCCCCCAAGAAGUGCAUCUUAUGUGGCGUUACUGUCGACUACAAAAAUACACAGCUGUUGUCUCAGUUUAUUUCACCUCACACUGGUCACAUCUUUGGCAGACACAUAACAGGGUUGUGUGGAAGGAAACAAAGAGCAGUCUCAAAAGCCAUUAAAAGAGCGCAUAUUAUGGGAUUUAUGCCUGUCACAUACAAAGACCCUGCAUUCCUUAAGGACCCCAAAAUCUGUGAACCCUAAACUCUGGAUGAUGUCAUGAACUCUAGUUUAUAAUUUGUUUUGUUAAUAAAUAUUGUUUUGUCAUAAGUGGCUGCUUAAGUAUGUAUGUUAAAAACUAAAUGAAGAUAAAUAAAUUCAGGAAAAUUGCACCAGACUUAUACAAGAUGCUUAUACAAUUAUUAUCAUUCAUAGGAGUGUGUUAAUAGCACUUAAACUCAGGCCUAAAAUAAUGACUGGUUUUAGCAUAUACUUAGAUGAGUAUAGAAAGUGUGCAUGGGCAUACUGAUAUUCCCCAGGGUACAUGCUUUAUAAGCAACAGCACCUCUGUAUGUAUUUUGAAAUGCUUGUAUUUUCUAUGUGCCAACAACUAGAGAAAGCUUAUAGGAUACAUCAUCACACAUUUGCUUUUUUUUUUAAAAAAACAAUAUUUGUAUGUGUUUCAAAUAUCUGCUUUUUAUAUUUUAUUUACAAACGGAACCAAUUUUUGCAGUACUAGAUAAUGGCAUGCUAUUGCCUCAGAAGUACUGGUGUUUAUAGAAUUAUAUAAUUUUAAAUAUAUUUUCUUUCUCUGACUGCUUAUAACAAGCUCUUAAAUUUACUACUCAUUGGUUUUCAAUAAAAGCAGCGGUAAAGGCUGUCUGCCUCACUUGUGAUGUGAGGAAGUGAAAUGUCUCUAAUCAAACAAGAAAAUGUUGAUUUUCCAUUACAAGUAAAUUCUUUGAAACUA